AUGAAAGAAUUUGGGUACCAAAAUGAGUCGAGCUGCGUAGUGGAGAUUCGUUCCCCUGUGAAAGCAAGAAGUGUAACUUGUAAAACUUGUGAAGCCAGGAACAAACGACGGACAACAUUUUAUGCCAGAAUCCGAAGUUAUUUAUUGGAAAGAAGAAAUAUCGAAGCAAAACUGAAGAAGUUUAAUGUGAAGUCGCGUGGUGUGGUUAGUCCGUUCGGAUUUCUUCGUCAACUUUUUGCAGGUUUAUUCCAACCGGAAACGGAAACGAAAUUCACCUACGAGGAGUUGGAAAAACUAACGGAGUCCCAGCUUGCCGAAUUAAAAGAAUCUCUUGUAAAUUUAAUGUCAACUAAAACAAAAGAACUUAAGCAGGAGCAGUUGGCUUGUAUCGGUGAAAGAGACGACCUGGAGGAAAAGAAAAAUAAGGCGAGAGAAUUAGAAAGCAUGGCCUGGCUAACGCUGAGACCAUUCAUCAAUAAGCAUCCUUCUUCAGAUGAUUUAACCCGGGUUCUCAUGUUUUAG